UCUGAGGCAAGUACUUAUCUGUAGAUAAGUAGAGAUCGUCCGAUGCUCGCUUUUGAACGUCCGUCCUGGUGAGCAGUGCCCUUCGAGAGCAGCAACAUGACGAGCUACGCUGAAAAAGGGGAAAAGCCAGAAAGAGGCAAAUUUGUGCGCUUCCACCAUUUGAAGUUCUGGGUGGGCAAUGCUAAACAGGCGGCAGCCUUCUACUGUGUUAAGAUGGGAUUCGAACCUCUGGCCUAUAAAAGCUUGGAGACGGGCAGCAGAGAGCUGGUGUCCCACGUCAUCAAACAGGACAAGAUUCUCUUUGAAUUUGUGUCUCCUCUAAAUCCUGGCAAUGAAGAGAUGGGGGAACACUUCAUCAAACACGGGGACGCUGUUAAGGACAUCGCCUUCCAAGUAGAAGACUGUGACUUUUUAGUCCAGAAAGCCAGAGACAGAGGAGCAGUGAUCGUUAAAGAACCGUGGGUAGAAAAGGACAGCUACGGCAAAGUAAAAUACGCUGUGAUACAAACGUAUGGAGAUACCACCCACACGUUAGUGGAGUACCUGACCCCUUAUAAAGGCCUGUUUCUACCUGGCUAUCAUGAACCUCUCUUUAAAGACCCACUGCUCUCUAAACUGCCUCCAGCCAACCUGAGCUUCAUCGACCACAUUGUUGGAAACCAGCCAGAUGAUGAAAUGCUGCCAGUAUCAGACUGGUACCAGAAGUGUCUGAUGUUCCACCGGUUCUGGUCCAUAGACGAUAAACAGAUCCACACACAGUACAGCUCUCUCAGGUCCAUCGUGGUCACCAACUUUGAGGAGACCAUCAAAAUGCCCAUAAACGAGCCGGCGCCUGGGAAAAAGAAAUCACAGAUCCAGGAGUAUGUUGACUAUAAUGGAGGACCUGGAGUUCAGCAUAUUGCCCUGAACACGUCAAACAUCAUCCAAGCAAUAAUUAACCUGAAAGCCCGGGGCAUGGAGUUCCUGUCCACUCCAGACACCUAUUACGACACCCUGCGGGAGAAACUCAAGACGGCCAAGAUCAAAGUGAAGGAGGACCUGAAGACCCUGCAGGAGCUUAAAAUCUUAGUCGAUUUUGACGAUAAGGGCUACCUGCUCCAGAUCUUCACCAAACCUGUGCAGGACAGACCCACUCUGUUCCUAGAGGUCAUCCAGAGGAACAACCACUUUGGUUUUGGUGCUGGCAACUUCAAAUCCCUGUUCGAGGCCAUUGAGAUAGACCAGGACGCCAGAGGAAACCUCACUGCCCUCACUGCUGAUGGCAGCACCAAGAUUUUUAAUUAACAAAUUCAUGCAGGAGUGAGUCAUGUAAUAGAUUAGCACGACUCACAAUAUUGCACGAAUGUGUAGAAUAGAAUCUUGGGUAGCCGCUAGUUCACACACUUUAACCUCACAAAGUUUUUGCACUUGCAGUCACAUAAGAGAAACUGUAAGGUCCUAUCAAUAAAACCAUUGUUACAGUAAAAAAAAAAAAAAAAAAUGUACUGGAGUCAUUUAUUGCAUGGCUUUUCACAGAAGCUGUGUUCUUGAGAAUCUUGGUUUUCUUUAACACAACCAUUCAGUAUUUACUGAUGUUCAGGAAGUGUACUUUAGUCCAAUUUGGCACCGAAUGUUUACUCAGGCAGGUCAGUUUGAAAAAAAAAACCCCACUGUGUUCAGAACAGUUUAUUGACUCUAGACCUCUGGUAGCAACUGAAGAAAACAUGUUAUAAGAGGAUCUACUUCAUAUUACAUAUCCGUAUGCUCGAAAUAGAUAAUUAAUCCCACAAGACCUUUAAUAUAGGGUCAUUUUUAUGUCUGUAAAAAAACAUAUUUUAAGCAGAGUUUAAUACAUUUAUCAAGAAAAAAUCAUUCUAAACCAUGGGGCUGAGAAAUUCUCCAAUCUGAUUGGUCAGAAAGAUUUAUUUUCCAUACUAGUCUGGCUCAGACGUUUGAAUCUUUGCAAACCGCAGGUUUUAUUUUAAACAUUAGCCUUUCUAUAGUAACACAGAUUUGUUAGCUGGAUGCUUCACAUAAUCUGAUACUAAAUGAUUAAUUAUGCAGUUUAACAAAAAAAUUCUAUUGAUCAUCUUCAGGAUGCACUUUUUCGUUUCUCUGUUACCAGAUAAGCUUUGUGUUUUGGCUUUAUUAAUGUUUAUUAAAGUUUUGGGACACUCCCCCUAAAUCAU